UUUGAAGCGGAGAUAAAUGACUUGCAUUGAAAUGGAGAAGCAAAGCACAUGGAGAAAAGUCAUUGCUUUGCUCCAGACUCAACUUCUUUGCAUCUUUUAGGUGAGCUAAUUUUUCCCAACAAACCACACCUCCCUCCCAAGAUGGCAGCAGGCUCCGGCAGCCUCCUCUGAACCCCCAAAACUGAUGUCGUUAUUUUUCCCAGCGCCGGCAUGGCCAUUUGACACCUUUUCUACAACUUGCCGCAUUAUUGCUUGCCCGAAACCACUACCCCCCACUGAAACUGACCCUCAUCACCACCCACCCAACCGUGUCCAUAGCCGAGUCUUCUCUCAUCUCUCGUUUCCUCUCAGCUUUCCCUGACCGUGUCACUCAAAUGGACUUUCAUCUUCUUCCUUUGGACCCUUCCACUGCCAACUCCACCGACCCAUUUUGGCUCAAGUUCGAAGCCAUUCGUCGCUCUGCUCACCUUCUCACUCCUCUGCUUUCCUCUCUGUCUCCACCUCCCUCUGCUCUCAUCUAUGACUUCAGUUUAAUCACCCCUGUUCUUCCCGUCAUCCAAAGCCUCCCUUAUCACCUCUGUGCUUACAUUCUCUUCACCACCUUAGCAAGAAUGUUCUCUCUCUUUGCAUCUUACCACAAUUUGGUCGCAUCCGCAUCGACACCAGCUAACAUCAACAACCCCACAAUUCAAUUUGGUGAUGUUCUUGAAAUCCCAGGUAUUUGCCCGUCAAUACCCAGAUCGUCUGUGUCUCCAUUGCUUCUUAUCAGGAACAGUCUUUUUAGUAAUAUAUUCUUAGAGGACGGUCCAAAGCUCAAAAUUUUGAAUGGGGUUUUGAUCAAUACGUUUGAAGGGCUAGAAGCAGAGGCAUUACAUGCGCUUAACGGUGGAAAAGUAACUUUCAAUGAUGGGUCUGGGUUGCCCCCAGUUUUUCCCGUUGGGCCUUUUGUGCCCUGUGAGUUUGAGAAGCUGCAGGGAGAUGAUGACCGCGACCAACUGAGAAACUGGCUUGAUGAUAAGCAUGAUGGGUCAGUGGUUUAUGUGAGCUUCGAAAGCAGGACGGCCCUGUCAGGAGACCAAAUCAGAGAGGUGGAUGAUGGGCUGGUCAAAAGCGGGUUUAGGUUCUUGUGGGUGGUGAAGGAGAAGCUGGUUGACAGGGAAGAGGAAGAAGAAGAGGGCAAUUUAGUAAUUGGGCAUGAACUUAUGGAGAAAGAGAAACUGAAGGGCAGGGGGUUGGUAGUGAAAAGCUGGGUGGAGCAAGGAGAAAUCUUGGGUCACAGAGCAGUGGGUGGUUUUGUGAGCCAUUGUGGCUGGACCUCGGUGGUUGAGGCUGCAUGGCAUGGCGUUAGAGUUCUGGCUUGGCCACAGCACGGCGAUCAAAAGAUCAAUGCAGAGGUGGUCGAGAGGUGUGGGCUGGGGGUUUGGGCCAAAACUUGGCCUUGGGGCGGCGGCGAGAAUGACAAGGUGGUGGUCAACGGUGAAGAGAUUGGCGAUAAGAUCAAAGAACUGAUGCCGAGUGAAGCUCUGAGAGUGCAAGCUGCAAGGAUUGAGCAAGAGGCUAAGAAGACAGCCGGAGUUAGUGGGUGCCGUGAGAAAAUGUUGAAGAGACUCAUUAACGAGUGGAGGAAAAACUAA